CACAUAUCUUUAGCUUUAUUCGUGCGUUACCAGAACUUGUGUCCAAGACCAACCACCAUUGCAACAUCCGAGAAGUCAAGUGAUGAGGUCCUUAUUGUACAGUACAGUCACCAUUCCAAUCACCUCAAAAUUACCAAACUGCCACUCCUCUCACUCCCCUCACUCUCUGAAACUCCCAUUUCUAAACUUUCUUCAUCCUUCUAAAUACCCAUUUCUUCAACACUCAGACCCUCUCGUAAAAAUCCAUAAAAGAGUAAUAAUCAAAGCUCCAAUGGCAUCCCAAGAAUCAAACACAGAAGCAAACUCACAGCAGACCAAACCAUUCUCUGUUCUCUUUGUGUGUCUUGGUAACAUAUGCAGAAGCCCAGCUGCUGAAGGUGUCUUUACCGACUUGGUCAAAAAAAGAGGACUUGAUUCCAAGUUUAAAAUUGAUUCUGCUGGUACUAUUAAUUAUCAUGAGGGAAAUGAAGCUGACCCAAGAAUGAGGGCUGCUGCUAAAAGGCGUGGAAUUGCGAUAACUUCUAUAUCUAGGCCAAUUAGGCCUUCUGAUUUCAAAGAUUUUGAUCUCAUUCUUGCUAUGGAUGAGCAAAACAAAGCUGAUAUACUUGGAGCUUUGGAGAGGUGGAUCCAUAGAGAGACAUUGCCUGCUGAUGCACCUGAAAAGGUUCGCUUGAUGUGUUCCUAUUGUAAGAAGCAUGAAGAAACUGAAGUUCCAGACCCUUACUAUGGUGGAGCUCAAGGUUUUGAGAAGGUACUAGAUCUGCUUGAAGAUGCUUGUGAUUCACUGUUGGAAAGCAUUGUGGUGGAGAAGAAAAUUUAGGCUCAGAGAUCUAUUUUUAUCACCAGAAUUCUUACUGCCAAAUAGGAAAUUGGUUAUUUAAAGCGUAUACCAUGCACUCUUUCCUCAUUGUUUGAACUACAGCGACUUGUGAAGCCAGAUUCCAAUAUAUGCUCUGCUUUGUGUUUAUUGUUUACAUGACAAGGUCAAGCAAAGAUCUGUACAAAUAUACAUAUACAGAGGUGAAUCUUGACACUACUCAUGUACUUUGACCUGUUUCUCACCUCUCCCCUUGGCUCGUUCGUGAAGAAGUCUUGUAGCAAGGUGAUGCAUUAUCACAUGCCAAUUCUGCUUCAGAUAUUUGGUCAAGAGAAUUUUCUUCUUUUGCGCA